UAAUCAACAAGUCUGUCAUUAAACUGUCAAAUUACCUCAGUUUUUCUCUGUUGUGUUUUGGUUGUCGCCCUAAUUUACAUUGACGCGCCGCGUCGCGAAAAAGUGCAAAUUAUUAACAAAUAAUUAGUUCAAAAUCGUGUUGCUAAGCUAAUAUACCAAUAAGCUGUUUUGUUGCAUAGUUGCGGACAUCGGAAAGUUAUCUAAACAAAAAAGCAGCUGUUUGCCUGUGGUCUUUGUCCAAUUGGCAUUUGGUGCCAUCUUCGUUCAUUGAUCUCCCCACUGACCACUCCGUGUGUUAUUGGUGCCAGCUAUAAACAACAAGCAAACACACAGUGUUAAAUCUGAAAAGAGAUUUUGUAGCGUCGAAAUUGAAGGAUGUGUGCAACAUCCGCUGUCGUUAAACGGAAUUGAUGUCGAGGAUUUAAUAUGGUUUAAAACAUCACCAAGAGCAACAACAACAACGGAAGCCAACAAAGCUCCUUCUCUCAACAACUAUUCAAGCUUUGAAACAUAAAAUAACAACUGCAAAAAUUCGAAUAUACCCAACAACAACAACAACAACGCAAAACACUUGUUACAACUCCUUUAAGAUCAUAAUAUUAGAAGAAAAGAAAAGAAAAAUCAAAGAACAACACACAUAUAUCUACACACAACAAAAUGGUGUUGGUAUUGAACGGUGUCUUACAGGACGACUGUCCGAUGGACACAAACAGUCUCUUCUUACAACAUCCCGUUUACAGAGAUUAUGCGCAACAACUACUAUCCAUACCAAGGAAGUCUGUGGGUCCGGUGGGUUUGCUCUAUGUGGGCCAACGUGAAAUGGCCGCUGCUGCGCCGCACGACAAGAACAUCAACAUUAUUGGCGCUGACGAUGCUACAACGUGCAUUAUUGUUGUGGUCAGGCAUUCAGGUUCAGGCGCUGUGGCUUUGGCGCACUUUGAUGGCAACGGCAUAGACGAGGCUGUUUGCACAAUGGUUGCACGCGUCCAAGAGUUGGCCUUAGGUUAUCCAGAGGGACGUAUUGAGUUGCAAUUAAUUGGUGGCUACCGAGAUCCACAAGGAUAUGGCGAGGAGGUUUUCUACAGCAUAAUGCAAUCAUUCCAUAAGCAUCAUCUCGAAAUCGAUUUAACACAAGCCUGCGUCGGUGAGCUAAACACCAUACCGCGCGGCGAUAUCAACUACCCGAUCAUAUAUGGUGUGGGUGUUAAUAUAAAAACUGGGGAAAUAUUUCCAGCAACCUUUCUAGAUCGAGGACCAGACAGGCAAUUGCGUGAUGCGCGCAAUUUUAUGGGUGCACAAUCGGUCUUGGACAUUUAUGACUCCUCGUUGGGUAUGUUGCGUAUUGGGCCCUUCAAUUAUGAUCCAUUACGUGGCGUUGAUCUGUGGCUUUCACAGACAGAUGAAUUCCUCUUGCAACAUCUCUCGACGAGUCCGGAUGUGGAGCCGCCACAUUUUACAAUGCAGAUACGCGCUACCAUCAAAUUCAUACAGGAUAAUCAAUUUCCCGCGAUCACCGUGUUUCGGGACAAUCGACCACGCUACUAUCGGCGCGAUGAGUCUACGGGCUGCUGGACUUUGGUUAAUGAUUGAGGCAAGACAACGUAAAGUUAAAAAAAAAAAUUUAAAUAAAAUAAACGAUUUUUUCGCUAGUUACACGUUAUAAUUAAAGAAAAAGAAGCCUUGCUAUAAAUUUAAAAACGAAUGUGUUAAUAAAAUUUUGUGAAAUUAGAAAAAUAUUUUAUGAAAUACAUAUAUGCAUUAUUAUUAUUUCUAUUUUAUUUUACGAGAGUUUACUCGUUGUAAACACAUUUUUAUUUUUUAAUUAAUUUAUGCACAAUAACGCUAUUAAAUAAAGUGAAUAUUAAAAAAGUGAUUAAUGAAAUAUAUUAAAAGUUAUAACUGUACACAGACAACUGAUAAACAGGACACAAAAUGUACAUACCUAUAAUGUACAUAUAUAUUUGAGCAGCAAUUAAGUACACUUGAAUAUAAUGACUAUAGUUAAUUAUGUAUACCUACACCACAAUUACGAAUGAUCAAUUAGAAACGACUUCACUAUUGUACACCUAUACCAACACAUACAUACAUACAUGCAU